AUGGCACCGCCACCAGAUAUCGAGCUGAACCCUCUGCAGAAUUUCAAGGGCAAAGCAGAGUCCUUGACGCACGGCAGUUCCCACAGUAUGCGCGAGCCGGAAUACCUCGACGACCAACCGCCGCCCCGCUUUCAACGCUUUCUCGAUAGCUUCAAGCGGGAUACCGACCAUUCGUUCUUCCCGAGCGAUCACCUCAGCCAAGUCAACAGUCAUUCUGGCCAACGGCAAUAUGGACGUAAUUACUACGACCUGCGCUUGGCAGCCUUCGAGUCCGCAAACACCGGACUGGCGAGGAAGCUCAAGGGCAGACAUUUGCAGAUGAUUGCGAUAGGUGGUUCCAUAGUGCAAUGGCUCACCGUCUUGCCGCUCGAAAUCAUAGCCGCGUCUCUGACAAUCAGCUACUGGGGCGAUGCGCUGCCAAAGGCUGGUUUCGUCGGCAUGUUCCUUUUUGUAAUCUUGGUGAUUAACCUCUUCGGCGUCAAGGGCUAUGGCGAGGCAGAGUUUACCUUUUCUAUUGUCAAAGUCAUCGCCGUCAUCGGUUUCAUUCUUCUCGGCGUUGUCCUCAACUGCGGCGGAACACCGGACAGAGGCUAUAUUGGCGGCGAGUUCUGGCACGAGCCAGGUGCCUUCAACAACGGCUUCAAGGGUCUCUGCAGCGUCUUCGUCACCGCAGCAUUCGCCUUCACGGGCACGGAACUCGUGGGCCUCGCGGCGGCCGAAACGGCCAAUCCACGCAAGUCCCUCCCAACGGCCAUCAAACAGGUCUUCUGGCGAAUAUCACUCUUCUACGUCGUGGCCCUAGCGCUCGUCGGCCUCCUGGUCCCCUACACCGACCCUCGCCUCUUGGGCGGCGACAGCAGAGCCGACGCCAGGGCAUCCCCCUUUGUCAUCGCCAUCGAAGAAGCCGGCAUCGAGGUCCUGCCGUCCGUCAUGAACGCCGUCAUCCUCGUCGCCGUCCUGUCCGUCGGCAACUCUGCCGUCUUCGGCUCCUCGCGAACGCUCGCCGCCCUCGCCAACCUCCAACAAGCCCCCUCCAUUCUCGGCUACGUCGACAAGCGCGGCCGGCCCCUCGUCGCCAUCCUCGUCGCCGCCCUCCUCGGCCUCCUCGCCUUUCUGGCCGACCUGAGGGAGCAGGCCAGCGUGUUCGACUGGCUCCUCGCCAUCUCGGGCCUCUCCACCGUCUUCACGUGGACGUCCAUCUGCUUCUGCCACAUCCGCUUCCGCCACGCCUGGGCCACCCGCGGCCGCCACCUCAACGAGAUGGCGUACAACUCCCAAGUCGGCGUCGUCGGCUCCUACGUCGGCUUCAUCCUCAACAUCCUUGUCCUCAUUGCCCAGUUCUGGGUCGGCGCCUUCCCCAUCGGGUGGCAGGAAAUGGCUGCCACCGAGGUCGCCGAAAACUUCUUCCUCAAGUUCAUGGGCGUGCCCAUCGUCCUCCUCUUCUACGUCCUGCACAAGCUGUACUACAGGACUAGUUUCGUCCGGAUCCGCGACAUGGACAUCGACACCGGCAGGCGAGACUUUAACCUGUCGAUUUUGAUUGCGCACGAGAAGGAGGAGAAGGCUUCGUGGCCUACAUGGAAGAGGUUCUACAAGUUUAUGUGCUAA